AUGACGACGUUGCUGGAAGCCACAACCAACCCAUUUGGGGGCAUAAUCCCCAAUCCCGCCGCUCUCCCGCCAGACCCCCAUGAUUUUCGCGACAAACUGGCCCAGUCCCUGAGUGACUGGAAGGACCAAGGGUAUAAGGCUGUCUGGCUUGAAGUGCCUAUCGGACUGUCUGCCUUGGUUCCGGUUGCUGUGGCGGCUGGUUUUUCCUUCCACCACUCCGGUGAGCGACCAAACCAGUAUUCGCCGGGUAUGGAAGGCGACCAGUAUCUGAUGAUGACCUUGCAACUGGAACCCGGAGCAUUUAUCCCACCCUUUGCUACUCACUACAUUGGCAUCGGUGGUGUAGUGUUGAACGCGGAAAAGGAACUGUUAGUGGUAUGCGAGAGGCACCGUAACCCUGGGCAGCCUCCUUUUUACAAACUGCCCGGCGGGGCGGUGCACCCCGGUGAGCACCUGGUGGAUGCCGCCAUUCGCGAAGUCCUGGAGGAGACGGGGGUUCACACCCAGUUCGAAUUGCUCGCUUGUUUUCGCCACUGGCACGGUUACCGCUACGGCAAGUCCGACAUCUACUUUGUGUGCCGCCUCAGCCCGUUAAGUAGCGAGAUUACUAUGCAGGAAGAGGAAAUCGAAGAAUGCUUGUGGAUGCCAGUCGAUGACUACCUGAUUUCCGAGGCCACAAGUAUUUUCAACCGUCGAAUAGUAAGAGCAGCCCUGGAACAUCCUGGAAUUGUACGGGGAAAGUCUUCAAGGAUUUGA